UCAAAGAAAGGUGUCCUUUAUCCGCAUACUCUACACUACAUUCCGGCACAUUUCACAGCAGUCAGAACAGCUCAAGUAUCAAAGAACCAAUCAAAGGGUCAUCAGCUCACCACUGCCCAGCCAAUGAAGACAUUAGCAGGGCUGAGCAGCACUGCAUCAGAAUCCAGCAUCACUCCAACCUCAACCAGCACUCCAACCUCCCAGCGUCUCAUGGCCCACAGAAACAGGGUCGCAGUGGGAGCACAAAGGACUCAUUUGGAUCAAGGCGUGCACCAGCCAGACACCAGGGCGGGUUUCUGGAGGCCACUGGGAACACCCCAUGUCUCAGCUUUCCCGGGGAGAGAGCGGCCGCCCGCUGCCUACCCACACUCUGACUGGCAGGCCUGGUCUAGACAGCCAUCAGAUGCCAUUCAUCCCGUUCGUGAGUCUUCGUACACAUGGAAAGGAGCCAGGAUGCUGGAGAGAGAGGGCUUCACAGAACAACAGCAAGCUCUGCUCCCCAAAGAUCCAGAGCCCGGUCCUUCAGGAGACCCAAACUGCAAAGUGGACAUCGCCUUUCUGAUGGAUGGCAGCUGGAGCAUUGGGAGACGUCGCUUUCGGAUACAGAAGGACUUCCUGGCCAAAGUAGCAGAGACCAUCGAUGUUGGGGCCUCUGGACCCUUGAUGGGUAUCAUCCAGUAUGGAGAUAACCCUGAGAUCGAGUUUGACCUGAUGGCGUACACCAGCUCGAGAGAUCUGUCUGCCGCCAUCGAGAACAUCAGCCAGAUGGGUGGAGCGUCCAAUGUUGGAAAGGCUCUUUCCUACCUCAACGGCCACUUCUUCACGGACGCUGGCGGAAACCGGGGCAGGGCGCCCAACGUGGCUGUGGUCCUACUUGACGGGUGGCCCACAGAUAAGCUGGAGGAGGCGUCCCGGCUAGCCAGAGAGUCUGGCAUCAACGUCUUUUUUGUCACCAUCGAGGGUCCCGCUGAAGACGAAAAAGAAAAUGUUCUGGAGGCCAACUUUAUGGACGAGGCGGUUUGCCGCACGAAUGGCUUUUUCUCCAUGCCCAUAUUCAGUUGGUUUGAUCUAGGGGCCGCGGUCCAGCCACUAGCCAGGCGGCUGUGUGACACGGACCAGUUGGUUUGCAGCAAGACGUGCCUGAACUCCAACGACAUCGCCUUCAUCAUCGACGGCUCCAGCAGUGUGGGCACGGGCAACUUCCGCACCGUGCUGCAGUUCGUGGCCAAUGUGACGCGCGAGUUCGAGAUCUCGGACACGGACACGCGUGUGGGCGCCGUACAGUACACCUACGAGCAGCGACUGGAGUUCAGCUUCAGGCAGCACAGCACCAAGCCCGAGCUUCUGGCUGCUAUCCAGGGCAUCAGCUACUGGAGCGGUGGCACCAGCACAGGAGCCGCCAUUGCUUACGCUGCCGAACGGCUCUUCAGCCAGUCCAAGCCCAGCAAGCGAAAGAUCAUGAUCGUCAUCACCGACGGGCGCUCCUACGAUGAUGUCAGGGCUCCGGCCUUGGCCAUCCAACGGCAAGGUGUGAUCGCCUACUCCAUUGGCAUUGCUUGGGCAGUUCAAGAGGAACUGGAGUACAUUGCGUCAGAGCCUGACAUGGAGCAUUCCUUCUUUGUAGAUGAUUUUGACAACCUCCACAAAUUGGUGACAAAGAUCAUUUCUAAUAUAUGCCAGGAGUUCAACCAACAGCCAAGAAACUGAGAGGGGCACAGGGGUUGGAUGUUUGGGAUAACCUCUGGUCAACAGCCUUGAUGGAUGGCGCCAGUCUGUCGUCACUGGAGGUCAAUCUACUUGAAUGAUCUUUGCUAAGAUACCAGUAGCCCCCUUGUACUCGAUCAGCAAAUUCAUCCCGUUUCAGCAGCUAAAUGUUAAUGCUAUAUGAAGAAUUUGUACUGGAAAAUAUCAUUAUCCCCUAGAUGUAUGUUUUAUGACCCAGCUGAUAAGGGUGAUAUUGAAAAGUAAUGAAAAAUAUCCUGGGUAAUUGGCACAAAAUUUUUAUAUACAAGUAUAUUGUGUUUCCUGCAGGAGGUGAGAGAUCAUUUUGCUUUGACAUCACAAAUGGUGUCAUUUCAGACCCACCUCAUAACAAGCUUGUCACUAAGGGUCUGCGUGACAGACGCUCAAUCCUUAGCAAAUAUUCAUGACUGUGGACCCCCCCCCACAUUUUCUUGUAUGUUAUUGAUGCAACUGCCACAGUUGCACGUUAUUUUCCAGACAUGCUUAUUUGUAGGUCAUGUAUGUUAAUGCAUUGUUUUUAAGCCUCGGUACCUGUGAUCAGAAGGUUGCUGGUUCUAGCCCCGCUUCAGCCCAACUGCUUGCUCCUUGAGCAAGCCCCUUAACCCAUCUGGGUGCUGCCCCCUAACGGCUAGAUUACUCUCACCUACAGAGAGCAAGCUGGGGGAGGCAAAAAGAGAAAAUCCCCAUGGGGAUCAAAGUAUGUGAUGAUGAUGAUGAUGAGUUUCCUGUGAUGUAAGGUAUAAAAUGAUGUGUGGUACGAAAGUAUAGAAGAUAGUUGAAAAGUGAUCUGAUGAUAAUUUAGAAUUACUGGGUGUACUGAACUGAUAAAAUUCCAUAAUAAAGAGCUGACACCAGGAUG